AUGUCAACAGCCCCAGAGACCCCUUCCACUGAGACGUAUUUGCUGGCUUUCAAUGGCCAACUGAACUUGAAAAAUGCAUACACUUGGAGCCUGACACAAAUUCAAGCUUUCAUGGCCGAGGUUGUACACAACCCUAAUGCCUAUGGGGUAGAACAGAAAGUAUUAUCAGAAUUGCAGAGACUACGCACCGAUAUUAUCGAUCUCAGCGAAAAUGGAAGCAAAUUUCUGUCUGAGGCCGACUACCCGCAGGCGAUUUCGAGGACGGUUAACCCAACUGCAGCGGCUAGCGAGGAUGAGCCAUAUUUCUUGUUGAAUAUACUAACAUACGGAGGCGUUCCAUAUUGGUGCUCAUUUGAUCUUCUAGACAAUUUCCCCGAAGAACUCAUAGAGCUCAUUUUGAUAUUGUUAGAUGACGAGCAGACACUUCUACUCGCCCAAAGAGUUUGUCGACGCUGGGCCUCUUGCAUCCAAGGCUCUCAGUUACUCCAGCAAAUCCUAUUCUUCCAGCCUAUACAGUCUAUCCUCCCAGAGCACACAAACAUCCUAGGACGAAAUCCCUUAUUGGAAGCAAAUUUUCCAUAUUGGUUCCCCAAUGAAUAUCAGAGAUCUACUGCAUUUGGGGCUGGGGACAUGCAAGAGUUUCUAGACAACCACGCUGCAUGGCUCCACCCAAGUGCAAGUUGGCGCCGAAUGCUGGUCCAACAACCCCCGGUAAUGACUCUAGGCUGGAUAGACCGCAAAGAAUCAUUUACCAACCGGAUCUCUCUGCACCGGUGGGAACUGUCAUUGGAAGAAUACGGUGGGCUUCGUAUGAAUAUGCUUUACGAUCUGGUUGUUAAGUCCUCAGAUAAGGCGGCAGCGUUCUUUUACUGGAGGAUGCACUGGAGCCGUCCUGACCUGAAAAUGUAUUCUAUCAAGCCUAAUCCGGAUAUCCAGGUGUACAGGACACCCUACUACCUCCAAGCGAUGAUGUCGGCCAAUGCGCAGACAGAUGUUGUGCUUGAUACGUGGAACUCUCCGUAUCUCGAAGCUCGUCUUUGGCGGGAAUUUGGUAAGGAUACUUGGACGUGGGACUUGAUACGAGGACUUCAAUCGCCGAUGGGAGAUCUGAAUCUUGAUGUGGUCUAUGGCUCAAGAAAACAGCAGGAGCUGCAGACCUGGGAAGUGCACCUGCAGGAUAUGUAUAUGCAGGAAAUGUAUGGGGAUCUAUUCGGCCAUCCUCCGGAAGACGGGGGUCCAUACCCUCUUCCAGAUGAUGAUGAUCCAGAUCUGUGA